AUGCUCAGGUCCAUGAUACCGGGCUUGAGGACCGCGGCGCUGUUUCUAAUAUGCCAGCAAACAUCCCUGGGCUUGGGACUCUUAUCUGGGCGCCAAUUGAGUUCUUUAUGCUCGUGGACCGAUGGGACGCUGAACAUCACGACGUCCUCUGCUCUCGAAGACGUCUCGAGCUGCACCAAAUUCAACGGCUCCCUGCGCAUCAUGGUCGAUCAGGCCACGAUUGACCUCGGGAGUAUCGAGGAAAUCACCGAUCUGCUCUACAUCCAACCCCUGCGCUCCCAAGUCGAGGUCACCGCCUCUAAGCUGCAAACGGUGAGCAGCGUGUACUUCUUAGGCAGCCCCGACGUUAUCGCAAACGUCCGACUCGAUAUGCCCCAGCUCUCGGGCCAACUCUACUGGCUCGGCGUCGAAGUUAAUCUCCAGGUCGAUAGUGAUCUUGAAGUUAACUUAGUCAGUGUCGACGACGCCUCGAUCCCGUCAGUCAACCUCUCGGGCCUCACCGCCGUGGACCACACACUCUGGAUCUCCAGGACCCCACGCCUGACCGACUUCGUGGCUCCCGACCUCGCUGCCUUUACGGUCGAGGGUGAGAGCUCACGAUACCCCGUUAUACACAUCUACGAGAACCUCGUGCUAUAUAACGUCAGCUUCCCGAGUCUACAGACAGUGCCGGGCCGUAUCACCCUCGAGGAUAACCCGAGCCUCUCCGCCGUUGAGAUCCCGGGCCUAGAGGAAGCUGGAUGGUUUGAACUCGAGAAUAACGAGUCUCUCGAGGAUUUCACUGCCCCUGCUCUCACCCGAGUUGACGGUAUCACUAUGAAGGGGCAGUUCAGCAGCGUCAAGUUUCCCUCCCUAACAGAUGUUGGCUCAAAUUUCAUCGUCAAGGGCAGUGCUGACCUGGACUGCUCCUGGCUCGACGAGAAUAUCAAGCCCAUUGUCCAGGGCACGUAUGAAUGUGCUGCCGCGGACUCCGGGUCGGGCAGUCCCUCGUCAGGUGGAAGCAGCGUCAGCCCGAACCAGGACAGUCCCAGCGAAACGCCCCAGUCCGGGAGCUCCACGGGGGGGUCAUCAUCUGGGCUUAGCACCGGUGCAAAAGCUGGAAUCGGGGCAGGAGUUGGCGCGGGCGCCCUGGCGAUCGUGGUUUUACUGGGCUGGUUCUUCUGGCGUCGCAAGUGGGAGGCAAGGAGGGAGAAUGGGAUAUCCGGCGGCGGCGGGUCUGGUGAUGUCGGGACACCGGAGCUGGAUGGUGGUCAUGGAGUUGGGGAUAAGGGCUCUGGCGGUAAUCGGGAGAAGGGUCUUGGGUCUGCUGAGCUCGAGUCUCCUCGGAGUCAGCUAGCGGAGCUGGAUGGUCCUCAGGGGCAGACCGUCUCGGAGCUGCCCGCCCACGAUAGGUCGAGGGUUUAUACUGAGUUGGAGUAG